GUGUCGUAUCGGCAGGUGCACCAACGUGGGCACUGGAAGGAGGGAGACUAGAGCCUUGGGACUGCAGCAACGCCCGGGACCGGGUGUGGGGCCAAUCGCGCGCCCCCCGGCUUCCCUGCGUCCCCGGAGCCCGUUUUACUAUGGAGGCCCAGGCGCCGCGUGCGGACUCUGAGUUCGCGCUCUAGUUGACAAGGGCUUUGUCACUUUUCCUACUCUGUUGCCACCAAGCGGUGAUGACGCCAAUUCGGUCCUCACUUUGGUGACGCGAGGACAAAUGGGUGACCACGUAUGCUUCGGAGCAAACUUUCUCCUACACCUGCUAACUGGCCACCUUUAACAGGAAAAACAGGAGAGCACACAAACUAGAAAAAAACCAAAACCAAACCACGCAAAUACACACACGCACAUAUACACACACAGUGCGCGCGCGCCUGCGCAGGGGUGAGAACGAGCUCACAGGAAGGUGGAACCAGCGCAAGACCUUAGCGCCAGCUUUGAGGGAGCAGAGAGCUGGAUGCCGGUGACAUGGCCCUGGUGCCCUACGAGGAGACAGCGGUAAUGGGCUUGCAGAAAUUCCACAAACCUCUUGCCACCUUCUCCUUUGCGAACCACACGAUCCGGAUCCGGCAGGACUGGAGACAGCUGGGAGUUGCCGCAGUGGUUUGGGACGCGGCCGUCGUUCUCUCCGCAUAUCUGGAGAUGGGAGCUGUGGAGCUGAGGGGCCGCCGCGCGGUGGAGCUGGGGGCCGGCACCGGGCUGGUGGGCAUAGUGGCUGCCCUGCUGGGUGCUCAUGUGACUAUCACGGAUCGAAAAGUAGCAUUAGAAUUUCUUAAAUCAAAUGUUCAAGCCAACUUACCUCCCCAUAUCCAACCCAAAGCUGUUGUUAAGGAGCUGACUUGGGGACAAAAUUUGGGGAGUUAUUCACCUGGAGAAUUUGACCUGAUACUUGGAGCUGAUAUCAUAUAUUUAGAAGAAACAUUCACAGAUCUUCUUCAGACUUUGGAACAUCUCUGUAGCAACCGCUCCGUGAUUCUUUUAGCUUGCCGAAUUCGCUAUGAACGAGAUAACGACUUCUUGGCGAUGCUGGAGAGGCAGUUUACUGUGACUGAGGUUCACUACGAUCCUGACAAAGACGUACAUAUUUACAAAGCACAGAAGAGAAACCAGAGGGAGGACUUCUAGUUGGCUGUAAUUUUUAGGAAUGUUGUUAUUGAGUGUGUCGGUGAAGGUCUUAGCCUGGGAAUCGAACCACAUUUGAUGAAAUGGCUCCUGAACAAAAAGUCUAACCAACCAAAGGUUCCCAAGGGACAAAGCACAUGUGCCGUUUGAAAACAAAGUGGCACUUUGUCCCACUGCUGUGACUUCAUAGUCCUAUUUUACUUUGAAAAGUCCAACUAGCGUUAAAGGAAUGUAUGAGAUAUCUGUAUCCCAUACUGCCCCCUCUUGGUAAACAAUUUUCACUGGUGAUAGAAUGAAGGGCUGGUAUAAAAGGGCCUUCAAAGCAGUGAGCUUGUUUCGGUGAGGCUAACCCAUGCAAGUUCUAUUAAAUACAUUCUGAGAUACAUGUUGAGCCCAGUUUUCUAAUUUUCUGAAUAUAAAGCAAGAGGCUUAAUGUAUAUUCCCUGAGCUGUUGAUGCUCUUGAAAUCUUUUGUCUGCCCCAUUUAGGUUUUAAGUAUUACUUUUGGUUACUUGAGAUGAGGAUGUGAGUUCCCUGAGGUCUCGUUUCAUGCUUUUUGGCUUAAUUUCCGAUUUAGGCACACAAACAAAUGAAGUAAAACUAAAAGUUGAGCUACGUCUUGAAACCACCAUGUGCUGCGCCUGGGGUGUCGUCUUCAAUAGCUGUAGUUUUCCCCUGGCACUCCCCUUUCUCAGAUGUUGUGUUUGUAUUUCUUUCCUAGGCUUUCCCCUCCUUCGUAUAAUGCAUAAGAUGACGUUGAAAACAGUUGGAAAUCUCACCCCUUCAUGGGAGGUUAACUCCCCGAGAAGCUCCU